AUGCAGAGAGAUACGGAUUCUGGAAAUCAGUACUGUAAAUUUGACAGUCAGUUACUGACUACCUUCAUGUCUUCUCUGUAUGUUGCUGGUUUGAUCGCCUCUUUCUUUGCAUCGUGGGUCACUCGCAGGUUUGGUCGGAAGCCUUCGAUGCUCUUCGGUGGCGUUACGUUUUUGGCAGGAGCCGCCAUUAAUGGCGCAGCUAAAGAUGUAGCCAUGCUUAUCAUAGGCCGCAUCCUUCUUGGUAUUGGAGUCGGAUUUGCAAAUCAGUCAGUUCCCCUGUACCUCUCGGAGAUGGCGCCCGCGAAGCUUCGGGGUGGCUUAAACAUUGGAUUCCAGCUCUUUAUCACAAUUGGCAUCCUGGCUGCCAACCUUGUGAACUACAGCACUGCCAAGAUCAAGGGUGGGUGGGGGUGGCGUGUGUCUCUUGCGCUUGCUGCUGUCCCGGCUGCCAUCAUCACCAUUGGAUCCCUUUUCCUUCCAGACACUCCCAACUCCCUCAUCGAGCGUGGCGGCCCUGACCAGGCCCAUGCCAUGCUCAAGCGCAUUCGUGGUGCUGAUGAUGUUGAAGAGGAGUUUCAGGACCUCAUUGACGCUAGCGAGGCCUCAAAGAAAGUGGAGUACCCGUGGCGUAACAUUGUUCGGAGGAAGUACAGACCUCAGCUUGUGAUGGCACUUGCAAUUCCAUUCUUCCAGCAGUUGACUGGGAUUAAUGUGAUCAUGUUUUAUGCACCUGUUCUUUUUAAGACAAUUGGGUUCGGUAGCAAUGCAUCACUGAUGUCUGCAGUGAUUACCGGUGUGGUUAAUGUGGUCGCCACAUUUUUGUCCAUCUUUACAAUGGAUAUGUUUGGGAGGAGAUUCUUGUUUCUGGGUGGGAUUCAGAUGUUAAUUUCCCAGGUUCUGAUCGGCAUCCUCCUCGGUGUAAAAUUUGGCAUCUCAGGCACAGGUGAGCUCUCCAAAGGAUACGCUGACCUGGUUGUAUUCUUCAUUUGUGUCUAUAUCACGGCCUUUGCCUGGUCAUGGGGGCCACUCGGUUGGCUUGUCCCCUCUGAGAUCUUCCCCCUUGAGAUUCGCUCAGCCGGUCAAAGUAUCAAUGUCUCCACCAACCUCUUCUUCACUUUUGCCAUUGCUCAGGCCUUCCUUACUAUGCUUUGUCACUUAAAAUUCGGCCUUUUCUUCUUCUUUGCCGGAUGGGUCUUUGUUAUGACCAUUUUCAUCUACUUCUUUUUGCCCGAAACCAAAAUUGUUCCCAUUGAAGAGAUGGCUCUUGUGUGGAGGAAACACUGGUUUUGGGGAAGAAUCCUCCCUCACAAUGACGAUGCCGCCUUUGAAAUGGCAUCCAAUGGACAAGGAAAGGCUGUCUGAUCACAAGACUUUUGUUUCUCCAUCUUAGGAUCAUUCUCUUUCUCCCUAUAAAAUUGGUUUUUCUGGAUAGUGUUCUAUGUGGGUCUUUAAGAUUGUGGGCUGUGUAACUUUUCAGGGUGUGUGGGGAAGGGUUUUUUUUUUUUGUUUUCCUUAUACAUUUUGUCUUUGAUAAGAAUAAUAUUUUUUGCAUGUAUGGAAUAUACGGAAAUGUUCAUUUGUA